GUUGACGAGAUGGCUGGUCAGCUGAGAUCGCAAGGUGCCUCUGUCCCGGAAAGAGCUCUAUCUCUAACACUGUGGAAUCCAGUGCUACUUCAGCGGCGAAUAUCUGAGUUGGAAAUGAUAAAUCUUGAUAUGACCCGGCGGUACUCUGAUCUUGAGGAGAAAUAUUCUCAAGGUCAGAUGGAUUUAGCUCGGCGGUACUCUGACCCCGAGGAGAAGUACUCCCAAGGUCAGAGGGACUUGGCUCGGGUUUCUGCUUCUCUGAAUGAUGCCAACACUUUGAAUUCCUCUCUCAGUGCUCAGCUUGAUUCUGAAAAGGUAGAAAAACGUGUCCUUGCAACUUCUCGUGACAACCUUGACAAGUUGUACCGCGACGCCAGUAAUUCUUUGACUAUCUUGGAGAGGAGCCAUCGUUUCACCAUGGAGGACUUAGAUAAUCACCGUUACAAGCUACAAGAGUCCCUGGAUGAAAUGAUUCGUCUUAGGCAAUUGAUCUCGAGCAAAGAUUCUGUCAUCAAGGAUCUACGCGGUUCCAAAAGAUCAGUCAUCCAAGAGUUAGAAGCUGCUCGACUUGCUGUCAAAGCUGCUGAAGACACGUCUGCCACUUUGAAGGCCCAGCGCGACAAGGCUAUGGACAAAGCCAUUCGCGCGGGGCAAAUUUUGAUGAGAAGACCCGGUGUAGUUGUUCCUGAUGACAUAAUCGCCGACAUCAACGCUGCUCCUGAUUCUUCAAGCCGUCCUUCUUCGUCGGUUGCUCCUGAGAAAAACAUUGCCAAGUAG